AUGUCGCAUCUGUCCCCAGCCGGGAGGGGUGAAUUCCCUUGGUGGUUUCUAACACGGAUGCCAGUGGGUGGUAACAGGAAAGACACAGUGAAGGGUACAGAAAGGACAGAAUGGGCAGUGGGAUGGAGAAGAGAACAAGAAGCGAGGGACUUGGGAACUGGGUCGAGAACGGAAUUUUUCAAAGCUCGAGGCGGACAUUCGUUAAUUCCCAUGCAGACUGGCAAGGGAAUUCUCCCGAUUAUUUACGGAGACCUGAAGUACGUGGUGCUAAUUCUCAAGGGCAAUCAAUUCAGGGAAUACACUCCAGCGGGGUAUCUAACUUCCCUCGGCGAGCGUAUGGCUCCCGAGCCAUUUCGAAUCCAGCGAUGUCUGUGCGUUCGGUCAAGUGUUACCAUCAUUCAAGAUGAACAACCGCCCCGCAAGCUCAGCAAUGAGAAGCGCUCACUGCCAUCAUAG